GCCGUGAUCCUUUCUUUUCAUAUCAUUCAGUUGUAUCAGAAUGACAGACAAAAAUCCAAAACCACCACCAGAUACACCUGACAGUGAUGAUUUCACCAACCAGUGGCCUUUUGAGCUCUCUGAUGAGUACUUGAAUUUCGAUGAUCAUCAAUGGAUGCGUGAUGAUCUUCAUGAGUCAUUUGCUUCUGUGAAUGUCUCAAACCAGUCUCAUCAAGCCAGUAAUGUAGGUGACUUUGGAGGUAGCAGCCAGUUUGAGGGGUCUUCUAUAAGCGGUGGACGUGAGAGGAGGGAAGAUGUUAGAGAGAGAGUGGCAUUCAAAACAAGGUCAGAGGUUGAAGUACUAGACGAUGGAUACAGAUGGAGGAAGUACGGAAAGAAAAUGGUGAAGAACAGCCCAAAUCCAAGGAAUUACUAUAGGUGUUCAGCUGAUGGAUGCCCUGUGAAGAAGAGAGUGGAGAGGGAUAAGGAUGAUCCAAGGUACGUAAUAACAACCUACGAAGGCAACCACACUCAUCCAAGUUCUUGCUAGGUCCAAUAUAUGAAGAGGUUUUGGCAGUGUCAAGGAUUUAAAUUGCAGUCACACUCCUUAAUGUUGAUAUUUCAGUUCGGAUAAACCUAGUUGAUGCGAUCUCUUUUAAUUUACCCGUUAAUUGGGAAUAACGAAUGCAUUAUAUUUAAGUA